AGAAAAUCAUAUAGUAUCAAUAUAAUGCUCCAUUUCCUUCCUAAAAGAAAAAAAGCAAGUUUUUUUUGCAGGAGAACUUACAUUUGUGAAUAUGAAAUUUUGCAUGUAAAAAAUAAGAUUUAUCAUGUAAACGUGACUGUGUUUUUCUCUGCUAUUCUCUAAGACACCAAAUAAUACAUAUUUCCAAAACAAAACAAAAUGACUGUCAAUAUUUUGUAGGUUUCAAAGCUUCAUGAAGCAGUUUCAAAAGCGGCCAUCACUAGUCUCCAAGCAAGGCGCGGACUGGAUCACUGGAGCGGGGCGACAACGGCCCCCAUUUUUAUAGUUCCACUCCGGGUUAUUUAUUUCACACUCCCUGCUUGCUAAUGAGAGAAACCCACUCUGAGCAGUGUUGCCAAAGGAAUAUAUAGCGAGUCCAGAAGAGCGUUUAAACUGAGGGAUUCACCUGAUCCGAUGCAAACCGAUCCCAGCCCGCAGGGAGGGAACGGGCUGACAUUAACCCUGCAGCCGGAGCUGCUCGCCCGAAUGCCUGGAGCUGGAAGUUCCAGCGUGCCGGAAACAGACGAGGAUGUCCGGGUUCCUAUAGGCAGCUCACCGGGGUCCACAAGUGGACGUGGCGCGACCUCGCGGAGGCUGAGAGCAGCGAGCCACAGCCACUCCCAUCCUCACGGACACACGCACAGCCACGAGCACGAGUCGGACAGCGGCGAGGCUGACCUGGAAUCCGGAGAAUCCAGCAGCUCAUUAUCGGAGCUGCGCUACCUCCUGCGCUGGCUCAAGAAAAGUCUUCCUUUCAUAGUUAUUCUCUGUGCGAAACUAGUCAUCCAGCAUGCCCUGGGUCUGGCUGUUGCAGUGGGUUUGUUUACCACUUUUAUGUACGUCAACAAAAGCAUUCAAACGCAAGUCUUUCUCCACGACCGAAGGACAAAGUUGCAUUGUGCCUGGCUCUUGCUUUUCCUCACAUCCUCCAGUCUCCUUGUGUUCUACACUUUUCACACUCAGUCACUUUAUCGCUGCCUCAUUUUUGCCAACGCUAUAAUAGAUUCGCAGAACUUUUGGGAGGUUUUAUGGUGCGUCGGUGUGACUAACUUCAUUUUGAAGUUUUUCUUCAUGGGGCUCAAGUGUCUAAUUCUCCUCAUCCCCUCCCCGCUCAUGACAUACCGGCGAAGGGGUCAGUGGUACAUGCUCAUAGAAGAGGUGGGUCAGUUGUAUCAGGUGAUCGCUCCUGUCCCGCUUUGGUUCCGCUAUCUGGUCAGCUACAAUGAGAUGGACACCUCAGUGGGUCUGACUCUGGGAAUCCUGCUAGCCUUGCUCUACCUCAUAAUGAAGCUUUUGGCCUUGUAUGGACUGUCAGGAUCAUUGCAAAAAACAUUACGGACUUUUUUUAGUUCCGAGGUGAACGGAGCUCCAGCCAGUCCUGCUCAGGUUAGAGAGGCAGGUGACAUUUGUCCGAUCUGUCAGGCUGAUUUUAAGCAGCCUCGGUUCCUCGUGUGUCAGCAUAUCUUCUGUGAGGAGUGCAUCGCCCAGUGGCUUAACCAGGAGAGGACCUGCCCCCUGUGCCGCACUGUCAUCACAGACAAGGUGCAUAAGUGGAAAGAUGGUGCAACAUCAGCUUAUUUUCAAAUCUACUGAAAUCUCACUGAAAGGAUGGAGACACAGUGUUGUGACCAGCAGUGGAUCCACAGAAUAUGAAUUGUUUUCUCCUCUCAAACAUCUCCGUUGAGCAAACAGCACUUGUUAUAAGACAAAAGGCUCUAGAAAAAGCUCCAGUUUGAGUUUUUUUAAUAUAUAUAUAUAUAGAUAUCUUGUCAAAAGGACAAGUGCAGCUCUUGUAUUCUUAUUAUUAUUACUAUUAUUUUGCAUGUGGAGCUCCCAUAUUUUUUUAGUGUUUAUAAUUUAUAUUCCUCUAUGUGUUCUUGCAAUAUUACUAAUUACCUUCUGGGUGUAAGCAGAAAAAUACAGUGGAGACAAA